AUGGACAAUCAAUGGAGUGCUGUUCAAUUUGCCGGCUCUCUAUUAUGGACCAGCUGGCAAACUCUCAUCCCAAAGAAGCCUGUAAGUUGGCAACUCGAAAGCACACAGCCUUUGCCAUUGAAUUAUCAAGUUUUCACCACGUUCCAAGAAGCUAUUGCAAAACGGGGAGAUGCUAGUGCAGCUGCUAGGAUGGAGGAGUGCCAAAAACUUGAAGAGAUUGCAAAGGCCACAGUAGAGGAAAUGCAUGGCGCGUGGCGAGAAGAAAGCACUCGUGACUGCGAAAUUUAUGCUGAGCCGUGCCAGCCAAGCCCUAGAUCCAAUCGUGAAUACUCUCUUAGCAACGGUCGAUACAUCGUAAGUUAA